AUACCUGCUCGGAUCCACCGUUCGUUCAAAAUCCCACCGAGACGACCGAAGGGGGAGAGGGGGGCGAGCCUCAAAUCUCGCCGCCGCCUCGUUUCGCGACCCCUCUCUUCCCCGAGCAAGAAACCCUAGCGCCGCCGCUCGCCGGCGAUGGAGGCGCCGGACGAGGAGGCCGGCCUGGGGCUCCCGGAGGGCGAGCGGCUUCUGGAGGUCACCAUCAUCUCCGCGCAGGGGCUGAAGCCGCCUUCUGGACUUCGGCGGCGGUUGCAGGCGUACGCCGUGGCGUGGGUUGACACCGCGCACAGGCUCCAGACGCAACCCGACCGCUCUGGCGGCCCCGAUCCGGCUUGGCACGAGCGGUUCCUCUUCCGCGUGCACGAAGCCGCGCUCGCCGAGGAUUCCCGCGCUGCCGUCACCGUGGAGAUCUACGCCUCACCGAACGGGGCCUGGCACAUCGGCGGGGACUCCCUGAUCGGAUCCGCGCGGUUCCUCCUCGGCGACAACUGCCUCCUGUCCCGCCCCGUUGGGUCCCCAGCCAUGUUCGCCGUCGGCGUCCGACGCCCCUCCGGCCGCGUCCACGGCCUCCUCAAUGUGGCCGCUAGCCUGGUCGCUGCGCCGCCCUCUCCGGCGGCCUCCCACGCCCUCAGCUUCUCCCCCGCCGUCUCUCUCAGCGGCCUACCCCCUGCCGUCGCCAUCAGCAGCCUCUCCACGGCGCCGAUCUCAGGCCGCGUGCUGCGCGUCCUCAACCGCGCGCACCCAACACCCCCACCUUCUCCUAAGGUGCUCACGCCCAAGAAGCUGCAGGCCUCGGUGAAGCCUAACAAUAAAGGAUCGGACAACCAGCAGGUUGCGGUGAAGCCAAGUAACAAGCGUGAAGACGAUGCCAGCGAUCAGGAGGGGGAGGAUGAGAACACGUACAUGGGCGGGGUGAUGUUUUGCGGGCCUUGUGUCUUACCAUUCCCGAGAAAGAUUCACACCAGCCCCUCUGACGAGAACCUGCAGGCCUUCGCUGGCAUCUUCUCUAGCGGUGUUGGCAUUGCCAGACGGAGCCCGAGCCCUCGGCACUGAGCCUAUGCAAAACAGGAAGAGCCGCUCCCAUUUCAUUAGCUUUUCAAGUGCAAUUUGGAGAAGAAUUUCGAGGAGCUGGUGAGCAUCAAGCACCUCACAGAAUGUUCCAAUAUUCAAUUCUGCACUCGGCAUGUCGGGCCGGACCCUUUCCUUUAGCAGCUUAGCUGCUCAUUUGCAAAUAUCACAUUUGGGGACUAGUUGUCGUCUCCUGGUUCUUCUGUUCUUGAUGCUUUUGCAUAUACGGUAUAUAUGUACUACAUUCCAUGGGACGUAACUUUAUCAGGUUGAGAUGUUUAGGACAAAUGGUGUGCUGUGAUGCCACAACUGGAAAGCUUAGCACAAAUGUGGCGAGCAAAGCAUGCUCUGCUUUUCCUGA